AUGAAAAGAGGUGAAAUGGAGUGGUUUACGAGCAAUAGUGAUUUAUCGGUCAUUAAAUGGAAGGAUAAGCGUUCCGUUUUUCUUUUGUCCAACUUCCACGAUCCACGUGAUAUGCUUGAAGUGAACCGGAAAGAAAAGGAUGGAUCAAUUACCAAAGUACCCUGUCCAAAGGCACUUGCUGACUACAAUGCAAAUAUGAAUUUUGUUGACAAGUUCGACCAAAAUUUGUCUUACUACAAAAUAGAUCGAAAAAGUCAUAAAUGGUGGCAUCGAAUUUUCUUUUUUUUUCUGGACGCUGCAGUUGUUAAUGCUUUUGUAUUAUAUAAGGGACUGCAGCUUCCACCUCUUUCUAUGAAAGAUUUCCGACGAAGUAUAAUAGAAGGACUUGUAGCAGAAGCUCUGGUGGCUAGAAAAAGAUCUGCUUCAAGUUUUGAAACUAUUGCUAUAAAGAAAAAUAAACCAUAUGUUUCCGAAGAAGUCCGAUUUGAAGGUUCAACACAUCAACCUGAACGUGGUACUCGACGUCGAUGUGCUAACUGUAGCACCAAAAAGAACCAAGUCAGAACGGAAUGGGUUUGCAGCGUUUGCAACGUGCCUCUCUGCUUAACUAAAAAUAAAACAUGUUUUCAAGACUUUCAUAGAAAUAAAUAA